UUUCAUAUUUGUCUCCCUUUUUAUUACUUUCCAAUUUUAAUCCUAUCCACACAAAAAUUAUUAAUCAAACACACACCACAAAUAUUCUUUCCAAUUCAUUCAUUCAUUCAUUCACCAAUAUCUAAUAGUACAUACCAAUUUCAUUUAAUUUAAUUCAUACAAAAGUAAUAAUUAAAUACCUUAUUUUUCAUUAUAUUUUCAAUAGUAUUCAACAACACUUUUAACCUAGACUUGAUUUCUUAAUGAUGAUAUUGAAACAAUUUAUAACAUCACCAACACCAAUUCAAACUCAUACCUCAAUAUUCUCCUUCCAUUCACAUGCUCUUUCUUUUACUCCCCCAACAACUUUCAGGGCUAAUUCUCUCUCCAUCAAUCAAUCCCCACACUUCAAAACACAAGGUAAUAUUUCAGAAGAAGUAAUGGAGAUAUCACAGCUGGUAAGAUUCUCUUUGUUAAUGGAUGAUACUGAUACUAACAACUACAAAGUAUGUAGCAUUCCUAUGAGGCUCCCUUCUGAUGAUCCAACUGUCCCCACUCCCACUGAGUUAUCUUGGAUUAAUCUCUUAUACUGUGGUAUCCCCUCCUUCAAGAAGCAUGCUGAGAAUGAUACCUCUGUCCCUGAUGCUGCAAGUAAAGCUGAACUUUUUGCUCAAAGGUAUGCUAAAAUACUUGAAGAUUUGAAGAAAGAUCCUGCAAGUUAUGGCGUUCCUCUUGAUAUCCCUCUUCUAUGCAGACUUCGUGAGGAAGUCCUUAAAGAAGUGGGAUUCAGAGAUAUCUUCAAGAAAAUCAAGGUUGAAGAGAAUACAAAAGCCAUCUCUCUAUUUGAGAAUGUUGUUAGUCUUAAUGAUGCCAUUGAAGAUGAAGGCAAGCGACUUGAGAAUUUAAUUAGAGGAAUUUUCGCAGGGAACAUAUUUGAUCUUGGUUCUGCUGAGCUUGCAGAAGUUUUCUCUAGGGAUGGUAUGUCGUUUUCGACCACUUGUGAAAAUCUUCUUCCUCGACCUUGGAUUAUUGAUGACCUUGACGCUCUCAAAGUGAGAUGGAGCAAGAAGUCCUGGAAGAAGGUUCUCAUAUUUGUUGAUAACUCAGGUGCAGAUAUUAUUUUAGGUAUUUUGCCAUUUGCAAGGGAGCUCCUUCGGCGCGGGAGUCAGGUUGUUUUGGCUGCCAAUGACUUACCUUCUAUCAAUGAUGUGACUUACUCUGAACUAAUUGAAGUUUUAUCAAUGUUAAAGGAUGAAGAAGGUAAUCUUUUGGGUGUCAGCACUUCAAAUCUUUUAAUUGCCAACUCUGGAAAUGGUUUACCUGUUAUUGAUCUUACAAAGGUGUCGCAAGAGCUUAAUUGCAUUGCCAGUGAUGUAGACCUUGUCAUUUUAGAAGGGAUGGGUCGCGGUAUAGAAACAAAUCUCCAUGCUCAAUUUAAAUGUGAUUCUAUCAAUAUUGCAAUGGUGAAACAUCCUGAAGUUGCAGAAUAUCUUGGAUCACGGUUGUAUGACUGUCUAAUCAAAUACAAGGAAGUUUGAAGCUUAGAAUUGAGCUGAUUCUUGUCUUCAAGUAGCCAUUUGAUCAUACACAAAUUAGUUUUUUUUUAUUGAAUUGAGAAUUUCAUGGCAGUUGAGAGUUGACAAUUCGAUAUAUGCUGUCUGAAUAAGAGGAUUGGUGAAAGAAAAUCAAUUGUAUGUGUUUGUUCAUUCUUUGGAUGAAUUUAUUUGAUAUCAAGGGAUUGACAAAUUAUUUUUUGCUUGAUUAUAUUUUUGGUCUCGAUUUUAUUUGAUUAAGGAUGCUGACCCAUAUUUUUAUUUCAAAUAGUAUUGUGGCUAAAAUUUCAAAAGAUGAAGCGAAGU